AUGUAUGAUGUUUGUGGUGUUCAGGGCGUGUUGAGCGCGUUCAUGUCCAUCUACCGGCGUGAGGGUGUGACGGGUCUGUGGCGGGGUGUUAACGGUGCCGUCCCCAGGGUCAUGGUGGGGUCAGCAUCUCAACUGGCCACAUUCAGCUCGGCUAAAGACUGGGUCACACGCGCACAGUGGUUUGAUCCUCACAGCUGCCUCACCGCGCUCACUGCCGCCAUGAUCAGCGGGGUCGCAGUGACCAUCACCAUGACGCCGUUUGAUGUCAUCAGCACACGCCUGUACAACCAACCGGUGGAUGAGUUCAAAAGGGGUGUGUGUAGUGUGUGGUUUGUGUUUUUUGUGUUUAUGGUUUGUGUUUGUGAUGGUGUGGUGGUUCUGUAUAAAGGAAUGACGCCAGUGUUUGUGCGUCUGGCUCCUCACACGGUUCUCAGUAUGCUCAUAUGGGACGUCCUGAGACAGCGAGCGCUGCUGUACAGGCACUGAUUCACCACACAUGACCUGAAGCGGGUGUGAGCGAUCAUGAAUCUAUCUGCAUGAGUUGUUUUUAUCGUCAUAACGCACAUAAUGAUACUUGGACUUGAACUGACUCUUGAAAUGCAGUUAAAGAGGAUCAUGGGAAGGACAGUUUUACAUCACUGGUGUGUUUUAUUUUCGACAUAACACUGUAAAGACUCUGUAUUUUUAACUUGUAGUUUAUUAUUAAAGUUUUACUGACUGACUUCA